AUGUCGUCCACAGACCAGAAGUAUAGAGAAUCAAUCGGCAACUUUUCGGAUCUAAGUGCCCAUGAGCAGUCACUGAGUCUGAAUGAAGGUCACCUGGAAUAUGACAAACACGCUGAGAAAAAGCUGAUUCGGAGAAUUGACUGGCGACUCCUUCCAAUUCUGGGAGCGCUGUACUCAAUCGCGCUCAUUGAUCGUGUCAAUGUCUCCAACGCCCGAGUUGCGGGCAUGGGAGAGGAUCUUAACUUGGAGAUUGAAAAUCGGUAUACAGUCGUUUUAGUGGUGUUCUUUCCUCCGUACUUCCUCUUCGAGCUACCGUCGAACAUUGUCCUUCGCCGAGUGGGAAGCGCCAACUGGCUCUCAUUCAUUGCGUUUUCUUGGGGAUGUGUCAUGAUAGGUCAAGGAUUCGUCAAGUCAUAUGAGGCACUCGCCGUCUGCCGUACCAUGCUCGGUCUCUUCGAGGCAGGCUUCUUCCCCGGAUGUGUGUACUUGAUCAGUUGUUGGUAUGUGCGGUAUGAGGUCCAGAAGCGGCUUGCUUUCUUCUAUAUUCUGUCAGUUCUCGUCGGCGGCUUCUCGAAUAUCCUUGCGUAUGGUCUGAUGCAGAUGGAAGGCGUAGGCGGCCUCAGAGGAUGGCAAUGGAUCUUUAUCAUCGAAGGCCUGAUGACCGCGGUCAUUGCCGUCAUCGCAUGGUUCAUUAUCAUUGAUUUUCCGGACAAGGCUGAGAAAAAGGGCCUGUUAACACAUGAGCAAGCCUCAUUCAUUGUCCAACGGAUCGAGAAUGACCGGAAAGACGCUGUCCCCGAUCCUCUCACAUGGUCCAAGUUCUGCCAUCAUCUCAAAGACUGGAAGCUCUGGGUCUUUGCGACAAUGUUCAUGUCCACGACGAUGCCAGCCUAUGCAUUUGCGUAUUUCACACCAGUCAUCGUUCAGGGAAUGGGAUACAGUGCAGGCGUUGCCAAUUUGCUAUCAGCACCUCCAGUCGGCGCUGCAGUGAUCAGUGCUCUGGCAUUCGCAUGGGUUGGCGACAAAUACCACAUGCGAGCCCCUGUGAUUGUGACCCAAGCAAUCAUCGUCAUUACGGGGCUCAUGAUCACCGCCUAUCACAGUUCGAAUGGAGUCAGAUAUUUCGGCAUCUUCUUGGGGGUUGCGGGAUGCCAAGGGAAUAUCCCAGCUAUUCUUGCAUAUCAAUCCAACAACAUUCGGAUGCAGUCCAAGCGGAGUGUGGGCAGCGCUCUUCAGAUUGGAUUCGGAGCGAUUGGCGGCAUCAUCGCUUCGACGGCCUUCGCCCAAAAGGAAGCUCCCACGUACAGAAGUGGGCUGUGGACUACUGCCGCAUUGCAGCUCUGGAUCCUAGGCUCGGUCUGCUGCACCACAUUUUAUUUCUGGAAAAAGAAUGGCCAGGUCGAUGCUGGCUCUUUGGAGAAGCCAAUCGAGGGACAGGAGGGGUUCAAGUACACGCUCUAG